AUGGCGUCUGAGGCUACUACCGCUCCCCUUGACGCGUGGGCUCAGCACCUUGGCCUCGACAAGUCGGUGCCCGGCACCCCCGGCACUCCUGGCACGCCGCUCCAGACCGUCGACAGGCUUCGCAAGCAGCAGGCUGGCCACAGCGGCCCUCUCAAGAAGGUCCUUGUCGCCAACCGUGGUGAGAUUGCCAUCCGUGUCUUCCGUACUGCGCACGAGCUCGCCAUGUCGACCGUGGCCAUCUACUCGCACGAGGACCGCAUGAACGCGCACCGUUACAAGUCCGACGAGUCCUACCUUGUUGGCAAGGGCAUGUCGCCCGUCGGUGCCUACCUCGCCCAGGACGACAUUAUCCGCAUUGCCCUCGAGCACGGCGUCGACAUGAUCCACCCCGGUUACGGAUUCCUUUCCGAGAACGCCGACUUUGCCCGCAAGGUCGAGGAGGCCGGUAUCGCCUUUAUCGGUCCCCGUCCCGAGACCAUUGACGCUCUCGGCGACAAGACCAAGGCCCGUGACGUUGCCAUCAAGACUGGCGUCCCCGUCGUCCCCGGUACCCCCGGUCCCGUCGAGUCGUACGACCUCGCCGAGGGCUUCAUCAAGGAGUACGGCUUCCCCGUUAUCAUCAAGGCUGCCAUGGGUGGUGGUGGUCGUGGUAUGCGUGUCGUUCGCGAGCAGUCCGAGUUCAAGGAGUCCUUUGAGCGUGCCGUUUCCGAGGCCAAGUCGGCCUUUGGCGACGGUACCGUCUUCAUCGAGCGCUUCCUCGACAAGCCCCGCCACAUUGAGGUCCAGCUCCUCGCCGACUCGCAGGGCAACUGUGUCCACCUCUUCGAGCGUGACUGCUCGGUCCAGCGUCGUCACCAGAAGGUUGUCGAGGUCGCCCCUGCCCCCCACCUCGACGAGUCGGUUCGCCAGGGUAUCCUCAACGAUGCCCUCAAGCUUGCCCACGCCGUCGGCUACCGCAACGCUGGUACCGCCGAGUUCCUCGUCGACCAGCAGAACCGCCACUACUUCAUCGAGAUCAACCCUCGUAUCCAGGUCGAGCACACCAUCACCGAGGAGAUUACCGGCAUCGACAUUGUCGCUGCCCAGAUCCAGAUUGCCGCUGGUGUCACCCUCGAGCAGCUCGGUCUCACCCAGGAGCACAUCCACCGCCGUGGUUUCGCCAUCCAGUGCCGUAUCACCACCGAGGACCCCGCUGCCAGCUUCCAGCCCGACACCGGUAAGAUCGAGGUCUACCGUUCGGCCGGUGGUAACGGUGUUCGUCUCGACGCAUCGUCGGGUUACGCCGGUGCGCAGAUCACCCCCCACUACGACUCGCUCCUCGUCAAGUGCUCCGUCUCGGGUGCCACUUACGAGGUCGCUCGCCGCAAGAUGCUCCGUGCUCUUAUCGAGUUCCGUAUCCGUGGUGUCAAGACCAACAUUCCCUUCCUGAUCCGUCUUCUUACCCACCCCGUCUUCGAGUCGGGUAAGACCUGGACCACCUUCAUCGACGACACCCCCGAGCUCUUCAAGCUCGUCCAGUCGCAGAACCGUGCCCAGAAGCUGCUCGCCUACCUUGGUGACGUCGCCGUCAACGGUUCGUCGAUUGCUGGUCAGUCGGGUGAGCCCGGCCUCAAGACCGAGGCUCUUAUCCCUACCAUCACCGACAAGGACGGCAAGGUUGUCGACACUUCGGUGCCCCAGCUCACCGGUUGGCGCAACAUUAUCGUCAACGAGGGCCCCGAGGCCUUCGCCAAGGCUAUCCGCGCCUACCCUGGUACCCUCAUCAUGGACACCACCUGGCGUGAUGCCCACCAGUCGCUCCUCGCGACCCGCAUGCGUACCGUCGACAUGGCCAACAUUGCCAAGGAGACCUCGCACGCCCUCGCCAACGCCUACUCGCUCGAGUGCUGGGGUGGUGCCACCUUUGACGUUGCCAUGCGCUUCCUCUACGAGGACCCCUGGGAGCGUCUCCGCACCCUCCGUCGCCUUGUGCCCAACAUUCCCCUCCAGGCCCUUGUCCGUGGCGCCAACUCGGUCGGAUACACCUCGUACCCGGACAACGCCAUUUACGAGUUCUCCAAGAAGGCCGUCGAGGCCGGUCUUGACAUUUUCCGUGUCUUCGACUCGCUCAACUACUUUGAGAACCUGAAGCUCGGUAUCGACGCCGCCAAGAAGGCCGGCGGUGUCGUCGAGGGCACCAUCUGUUACUCGGGUGACGUUGCCAACCCCAAGAAGACCAAGUACACCCUCCAGUACUACCUCGACCUGACCAACCAGCUCGUCGGUGAGGGUAUCCACGUCCUUGGUAUCAAGGACAUGGCCGGUGUCCUCAAGCCUGAGGCUGCUACCAUGCUCAUCGGUGCCAUCCGCAAGGCUCACCCCGACCUCCCCAUCCACGUCCACUCGCACGACACCGCCGGUAUCGCCGUCGCUUCGAUGCUCGCCGCCGCCAAGGCCGGUGCCGACGUUGUCGACGUCGCCAUCGAUGACCUCUCCGGUCUCACCUCGCAGCCCGCCAUGGGUGCCGUCGUCGCUGCCCUCGAGCAGUCGGGUCUCGGCCCCGGAAUCUCGCACGAAAACAUCAUGGCACUCAACAUGUACUGGUCGCAGGUCCGCGUCCUUUACAGCUGCUUCGAGGCCAAUGUCCGCGCGUCCGAUUCGGGUGUCUUUGACCACGAAAUGCCUGGAGGACAGUACACUAACUUGCAAUUCCAAGCAUCGCAACUCGGCCUCGGAACGCAGUGGCUCGACAUCAAGAAGAAGUACAUCGAGGCGAACCAGCUCUGUGGAGACAUCGUGAAGGUUACGCCUUCUUCGAAGGUUGUCGGCGACUUUGCGCAGUUCCUUGUCUCCAACAACCUCUCCAAGGAGGACGUUAUGGAGCGCGCUGGCACCCUCGACUUCCCCGUUUCCGUCGUCGAGUUCUUCCAGGGAUACCUUGGCCAGCCGUACGGCGGCUUCCCGGAGCCCCUUCGCUCGCACAUCAUUCGCGACAAGCCCCGCAUCGACUCGCGUCCCGGUCUCACCAUGAAGCCUCUCGACUUUAAGAAGAUCAAGAGCGAGCUGCGUGCCAAGUACGGCAACCACGUCAGCGACUUCGACGUUCAGAGUCACUGCAUGUACCCGAAGGUGUACGAAGAGUUCCAGGGCUUCGUUGAGAAGUACGGCGACCUUUCGGUCCUCCCCACGCGUUUCUUCUUGUCCGCUCUUCCAAUUGGAGAGGAAAUUCAGGUGUCCAUUGAGAAGGGUAAGACCCUCACCAUCAAGCUCCUGGCCGUCGGCCCUCUGGACGCCAACAAGGGUACCCGCGAGUGCUUCUUCGAGCUCAACGGAGAGACCCGAGCGGUGGUCAUCACCGACCGCUCGGCCGCCAUCGAGCACAUCUCGCGUGAGAAGGCUUCGUCCGACCCCGGAAGCGUCGGAUCGCCCAUGGCUGGUGUGGUCGUCGACGUCAGGGUUCACGAGAACCAGAUUGUCAAGGCUGGUGACCCCCUGUGUGUCCUGUCCGCUAUGAAGAUGGAGAGUGUUAUUUCUUCGCCUGUUUCCGGCAAGGUGGCCCGUGUCCUUGUCAACGAGAACGACUCGAUUGGCCAGGGCGACUUGGUGGUCGAGAUUGUGGCCGAGGCCUAA